AGAAGGCAUUGAAAAGUUGACUUCAUAAAUAAACACAAACAUAUCUGAAAACAUAAACAUAUAACAGAGACUAAGAAAAAUCCCUGCUGAAAUUCGUUGUUAUAAAAUGGACCUUUUGUGCGCCGAUGAUCCCUCCAAUAGCUUGCAUUUAAACCAAACAUCGACACAAGAGAUAGGCGUUCCGGGAAUCGGAGCCGGCAGUGCCCUGCCCAUAGCCGAUGUACCCAGCAUUUCCAGUUUUAUCAACGAGUGCAGCAAGCCGAUCUGCGAUGAUGCGGACCUACAGUGCAUCGUUGAUCUGGUCAAUGCCACAAUCUGCGAAGCGCAGACCAUCAUCAAGUCCGAUCCGCGCGGUCUAUUCGUCUACAAAUUCCCGAAACGACAGAAAAUGUCGUCCGUCAGCUUGGUGUCCUCAGCCCUAACCGACAUUGUGGUGGCCAACGGAGAGGAGGACGACUCGAUUAAGAAUCCAACGAAUUACACGGGUAUGCUCGGCGCUUCGGCGGACUCGGUGUCCAGUGGCCUGGCGCGCAAGCCGCUGACCAUCGGGGACUUCGAGUACUCGAAUGCCAUUGCCGACAUAAGGGAUUUCAUCAGCCACUGGGAGCUGUCGCCCGACACCAAGUGUGUGGUGAUCAGCAAUCCGAUUCGGCACGAGGUGCCCAUCAAGGGAACCAUUCUCUUUGUGGAUGCCCACUUCUCCCGGCCGACGGCCCGGUGUCCCAAUCCGCUGGCCGUUGCCAAGGUGCGAUUCAUCAUCACCGUGUCCAAGCUGCUGCUGGCCCACUAUCCGGUGAUGAUCACCUACCGCUUUGAGGGCUACAAUACACUCUACUACGGCUUGGGCGAACGCUGCCUCAACUCGUUUAUCUUCCAACGCUUCUACAUCGACACCAUUUUGCACACCAAGCUGACCUUCUUCGCUGCAAUCUGUGAGAGCCGUCACGGCACCGUCGACAAGCCCAAGCACAAUGUCAAGUCGAAAAAUGCCAAGAAGCCCAGUAAUUGAUUGCUUAAUCAUUCACCAUUAAAGCCCUGUUUCGUCUUUCAA